GAUAACACAGAUUCCAGGAGAACACAGAGCAUAUUGGAGACGAUGACGAGCAUUUUACCAGCUGGAAAUAAUGAGUCUGAAAAUCUCAGCCUCCCACAAAUUGUAAAGGAUUUGGGAUUACAGAAUCAUUAUCCUCACAAACUGUCUCUUCAGACUGUGCAGGAGGUGUCCCUGGAUAUACUGGACGACAGCAAACCAACUCGUGCAGAAGAUCUUCCUUGGCGAUUUCUCCGAAGGAUCCUCUCAGCCAAUUCACUGGCGAGGAAUCCCGAAUGGCCACCUCAUCUGUCCUCAGACGGUGAGGAUGAUGAUGAUGAAGACUUCAGUGAUUUCUUUGAAGUUAGGGGACCAGAGGAUGAUGGGAUGAAUCCUCUGGAUAUCAUUGCUGCCAUUUUCCUCUGUGCUGACCACUUUCUCCAGCAGGAACUGAUGCUGAAGAUGUCUCUGUGCCAGUUUGCAUUACCCUUUCUGAUGCCAGACUCACACAGUCACCCCAUGGACAGGGUGAGGGGACACACAGAAGGGUCUGGUGCCACCCUUCUCCUCUGGGCCAUGAGGCCCAUUGUUAAAACAUGGUGCCCACAUUCUCCUACAGACAGCAGCCCCAUUGUGGAGGUGCCCAUCGUGACAGCAGCCAUGCCAACGGUGUCCUUCCUCAGACUGGGAAGGUGCACAGUGUCCAAAUCCCGAAUCCUGAAUCUCACCCUGAGUCAGGCACAGCUGCAGCAGAACAUCUUCCUGCACUCCGAGAUGGAAUGUGGGAAUGUGCCCCGCAGGAUAUCCGAUGGAAUGGCUGAGAUCAGCUGGUAUCUCCCUUCUGGGAAGAGUAACACGGAUAUUUUCCCAGAGGCUGCUGCAUUCAUUAACCUCCGAGGUGAUGCUGAAACUUUCCAGGGAAAUGCUCGGUUUCUGGCGAAAGUAUCUGCUGCUCUUUUUAUUUUCAUUGACGUUAUCGGUGAGAAGGAAAGAGAAUUCCUCACCUCUCUCACACAAUCACCAGCAAAACUCUUUCUCAUAGUCAAUCAGCAACACAUAACUCGUGAACAGGUAAAGAAACUGUUCAAAGAUCUAAAGUUAAAACGUCAACAAUGGAUUCUUUGGGCAAAUGUAAAUGAGGCUAAACUUGCAGAGAUAGUUUGUUAUCAGAUCAAUCAAGUAAUUCUAAUGAGGGACAGGGACCAGACCUUGCUGAGCCUGGAGCAAAUGGCUGACAUUGCGAUGGAAAGUGGGAUUGAGGUCGAUGAACGUCAACCUGAAAUACAACGAGCCAAGGAACUGACCAAAAUACUGGACAGACUUGAUUCGGGAGACAUUACUGGGUAUAAAAGGAGAGUGUUGCCCUUCCAUGGAGAGCCCUGGCAAGGGUUGUCCAAAAUUGAAAAAGAGAAAUCUCGGAUGAAACUCCGUAGGGACAAAACCACAGAAGUGUAUAACCAGGAACUGGACCAGGAGAUGAACAGAAUCCGGGAAGCUCAGCUCAGACAGAGUCUGUCGGAAGAGAUGCGGCUGUUCAUUGAACACCUCACCCGUCAUGGUGGGGCUGACAGAGCCAUUUCCCUACAGUGGCUGAAGCUGGAGCUGGACAGUAAAUCACGGGAAGUUAUGGCAGGAUUGUGUAGAAUUUAUAAAGAACUGUGCAAAGACUCAAAACAGAAGGUGAAGGAACUGAAGGAGUUGGAUCAGAAGAUGUCUGAUAGUUCCCUGGGACUCAAGCAUUUCAUGAGGGAACUUGGCCAGGUUUAUGAACUUUCAGUGACAGGACACAAAGUCACCCGAAGGACACAGAUCCACCCAAAGGUGUCGCAGUUCCCAGGUGUUGCUGCUGAACUGUUGCUGGAAGGGUUCCCAUUGGAACUCAUCGAUGGAGAUGUUUCCAACGUUCCCAUUCCAUGGAUCAGAGCCGUACUCACAGAAGUUGCUGACAAAGUGGGAAGAGCUUGCCGAGUGUUUGUGCUGACGGUGAUUGGAGUUCAGAGCACGGGCAAGUCCACACUCCUCAACACAAUGUUCUGUUUGCGGUUUGCUGUGAGCAGCGGCCGAUGUACUCGAGGGGCCUACAUGCAGUUGAUCAAAGUCACAGGGAGCCUGGCCAAGGAGCUGGGCUGUGAGUUCAUCCUGGUCAUUGACACAGAGGGGCUGAGAGCCCCAGAACUCGCAACACUGACAGACAGCUACGAGCAUGACAAUGAGCUGGCAACGUUCGUGGUUGGAUUAAGCAACCUAACAUUGGUAAACAUCGCGAUGGAAAAUCUGUCAGAGAUGAAAGAUACUUUACAGAUUGUUGUUCAUUCCUUAAUCCGCAUGAGGGAGACAGGAAAAGGGCUAAGGUGCAUAUUUGUGCACCAGAACGUUGGCGAUGUGAGUGCUCACAAUCAGAAUCUGAGAGGCCGUCAGAAACUCCUGGAACAGCUGGAUAAGAUGACAGCUGCUGCAGCAAAGCUGGAGAAGGUAGACCGAGUAACGUUCCGUGAUGUGAUGGACUAUGAUGCUGACAAGGACAACUGGUACAUCCCUGGUCUGUGGCAUGGUACACCCCCAAUGGCUGCAGUCAGCACCGGCUACAGUGAACACGUCUCCCAACUGAAGAAGAACCUAAUUCAGUGUCUAAUCCAACAGAGAAAAUCCCAAGGAGCUUUCACUAUCCCGGACUUUAUCAAAUGGAUGGCUGGGCUUUGGGAGCAGGUGAAACAUGAAAAUUUCAUUUUCAACUUCCAGAACAGUCUGUUUGCAGAGGCUUACAACCACCUGUCCGUGAAGUACAAGGACUGGGAGUGGGAACUCCACAAAUUCACUCACUCCUGGGGAAAUGAUGCUGAAAACAGAAUCAGCAAUGCCAGAGGAGAUCUCACUGAACUGCUCCAUAAUCUGGAGGGGGAGAUCAGGACAGAGAUGAACAAAAGGGAGAGUGACACUCUGGAUAAACUACAAGCUCUGUAUGAAAGUGGGGCUGAUAACGUGCAUCUGAUGGAGAAAUACAGAGAGGAAUUUAAGCUCAGUAUCUCCAGUUUAUGCAGCCGACUUCAGCACGAUUCAAUGCAGAGAUGUAGAGAUGCCGUGAAUAGACGGGUGGGACUGCAGGGAGUGGAUAAUAUUUGGAAUAACUUUCACAAGGAGAUUGGAGAACAGGUCAAGGAGCUUUUACGGAAGUGUAAAGCAGCAAAUCGGGUGUUGGAUGAACGGGAAUUGCAAAAUGAAUUUGACAGGAUGUGGGAAGUUACACUCUCUCAGCUGGAGUAUCAGCCCUGUAGAGAAAGAAACAUCGAACUAGAGAUUGAAAAUCUUCUCAGAGAGGAAACAAAAACUCAAGGGAGAGUCAUUAAUGAAAGACUGAAACAUGAAAAUCUCUGUAAACUGGGGACCCUGUACCUUCACAUUGAAGAGAAACACAUCAACGUGUCAUGUUGGAGACAGGGGGCGGGUAAACUCAUUCCAUUCGGAUUGAAAUCAGAUCUCGAUGAAGCAGCAAUGAUUACAAAGCCCAUCGAGGAUGAAUGCAUACAUUGGAUCACUGACAUCACAAAAAUAGAUAUGGAUUAUGACAAUAAAUAUUGCAUUGAACUUUUGAAAAUGAUAGAGGAAAAACUUGACAAUAUUUCACAUCAAUACUUUUCAAUGUCUGAGGUUUUCAAGGCUGAGUUUAAACUUCACCUGUGUGGUUACGCUGUACCAAGAUUCCAGCAGAUGCACAGGAGGUUCAUCCACAAACACGACCCACGGAGAAGACUGGAAAACAUGAAGAGUAAAUACUUUGAUCUCUUCAUGGAUAUUUACACAGAGCAGGAUGAGAACCAGAGACAAGCAGAACGAUUUGCACGAUAUUGUUUCUUGCCAGCUCUCCGAGACGCCACCCUCAAGACUCUCAGCGUGAAAAUCAUGGAUGAUAUGAGAAAACACGACCCUGAGCGAAAUUACAGUCUCCGCAACAACUUCACUGUGGCCCUCCUGGUCCACCUGAAACAAACACAAGAAUUUGAUAAAUAUCUCUGGUACAUCACUGACUUUGAGAAUUUCGCCAAAGACUGGCUCCAUCAGCAAGUUAUUAAACAUUGCAAGACAGAACGCGAUGGAGAGAGCACAUUUACCCGUCUGGCUAAAGAAAUCCUCACUGAGAUCACUGGGCAAGCUAAGGACAUUGUUCAGGAUGCAGUGAAACAGAACUUUGCUGGAAAUGCUCAGAGUUUCCUAAACACGUUUGUUGAAAAGUUUAGCACAAGAAUCUCGAUGCCCAAAGAUGAGAUGAAACUCGUUCUGUUUCAGAGUGGCAGUGAUGGCAAGAAAUGUGCAGAAGCCAUUCUGCCAUGUAUUGAAGAGGUGGAGCAGGAUCUCCUCAGUGAGGUAAAAGACUGGGAUGUCGAAGAAACGAUUGAAGAAUUAUCCAUUAAACCCAGGGAGGAGUUGUUCAAAGGGUUAUUCAAUUGUACAAAGCAAUGUCCUUUCUGUGGGGUUUUCUGUGACUCAGAGACCCCGGUACACUCACAACACUCCUGUAAGCAGCACAGACCUGAAGGGCUCAACGGGUAUCGAUGGGCAGGCAGUGAACGUCUUGCAAUGGAUAUCUGCACAGCUUCAGUCACAAGUGAUGCAAAAUUCCGAAAUAAAGACACAAAUGAGAAAUUCUAUGCCUGCAAGGAUUAUCGAACAGUCAAUGAUUACUACAAAUCCUGGAUUAUCCAACAGGAAGUUUCCGCACAGGCAGCGUCCUAUUGGAAGAAGGUUUUCUACACUUUCAAUAAGCAGUUUGCUGAUGUAUACAAAGCAAAGCCUGCAAAGAUCGAUGGAAGCUGGAACAUUGACUGGGAUGUGGUGAGGGAAGAAAUGAACAAGACAUAUAAUACAACCAUUCAGUCUCUUUAAAUGGCGUUACUCGGUGAGAGACAAAGGGAAACGGUCUUCUUAGGGAUUGGACAGAGAAAAUCACAGUGUGUUCAAAUUCAAAUCCAAUCUCAAAUCAUCAAAAUAAUUAGCAGAGCAGAAGGAAUGUUUCAUUCCUACGUUCAUGGUCCUGCCCUCAUGGUCAAUAAAGGAGAAAGGCAGUAGUGAUAGGGAACUCUUGUCAGGGGGUCAGAGAGGCAAUUCUGUGGACGCAGAAAAGAAACCCAGACAGUAGUUUGCCUCCCAGGUGCAAUGGUCCGGGAUGUUUCAGAUCGUGUCCAAGAUAUCCUGCAGUGGGAGGGAGAACAGCCAGAGGUUGUGGUACAUAUUGGUACCAAUGAUAUAGGUAGGAAAAGGCAAGAGGUCCUGAAAAGUUCUAUUUUAACUUCAUUGGUCCACAGAACUUGUUUCCAAAUGCAUCAGACUUGUUUAGACUUUAAUUGAUUAAGUUAAAAUUGAACUUACUGGCCGCAAUGAGCAAAGGUAUAUUUGGAGGAAAAAAGGUGCAUGAAAAGAGUACUUCUCCAACUGUUACGCACUGGGGUGGAUCGACCAUGCUUUGGGCUUGUGUUGCAGCCAGUGGCAUGGGGAACAUUUACUGGUAGAGGGAAGAAUGAAUUCAAUUAAAUACAGCAAAUACUGGAAGCAAACAUCACACCUUCUGUAAGAAAGCUGAAGAUGAAAAGAGGAUGGCUUCUACAACAGGAUAAUGAUCCUAAACACACCUCAAAAUCCACAAUGGACUACCUCAAGAGGCACAAGCUGAAGGUUUUGCCAUGGCCCUCACAGUCCCCUGACCUAAACAUCAUCGAAAAUCUGUGGAUAGACCGCAAAAGAGCAGUGCAUGCAAGACAGCCCAAGAAUCUCACAGAACUAGAGGCCUUUUGCAAGGAAGAAUGGGCGAAAAUCCCCCAAACAAGAACUGAAAGACUCUUAGCUGGCUACAAAAAGCAUUUACAAGCUGUGAUACUUGCAAAGGAGGUGUUACUAAGUACUGACCAUGCAAGGUGCCCAAACAUUUGCA